AAGUGUCUGUGUAACGGCUUUGAUUUGUGUAUUGUGAUGCACGAUGUUUGUGUUAACCUAUCUAUUAGUAAACUGAAGGUGUGAAGUGUAGUGCGUUAUUGGAAGUGAGUUCUUGAAAUGUGGAUAAGUGUUGUCAAUAUGAUGUUGUAUUGUGUACUACACAACUAACUUCUAAGACGCGAAAAUCGAAUCUUACGGAGGUUUAUUCACAGAAUUACGAUACUCAUUCUGCAAAGCGCGCCAAGAGAAACUUCUCCGAUUCCCAGUUUAUAUUCCAACUUUCGCCAUGAGUUCAGGAAUGUUAUAUGGGGGCGAUGAAAUAGGAGCAUUGGUCUUUGAUAUUGGUCAUUAUUCUCUCCGUGUUGGGUACGCACAAGAAGAUACACCGAAAGCCGAGAUUCCAGCCGCUGUCGGUAUAGUGAAAGAUGGGAAUCAAACAGCAUCAGUUAAUACAGAAUCGAUGGAAACAGAAGACAAGAAAGUCGAUCCCCAAAACAUAACUUCAUCAAACAAAUAUUACAUCGAUACGAACUACUUACAUGUUGUUCGGCCCGGAAUGGAAGUUGCUACUUACAUGAAAGAUUGUAUGAUCGAUGACUGGGAUUUAUUCGAGCAAGUUCUGGAUUAUACGUACGCAAAAUGCAUACAAUCCGAGUCUGAAUAUCAUCCAGUAUUAAUGUCAGAGGCACCCUGGAACGUGCGAGCAAAACGUGAAAGACUGACGGAAUUAAUGUUUGAGAAGUAUAACGUGCCUGCAUUUUUUCUGGUGAAAAAUGCAGUGCUAGCUGCAUUUGCCAAUGGGAGAGCGACGGGCAUUGUCAUAGACAGUGGAGCAACGCACACCUCUGCUGUACCAGUGCAAGAUGGUUUUGUCUUGACUCAAGCCAUUGUAAAAUCUCCUCUGGGUGGAGAUUAUAUUAGUAUGCAGUGUAAAAAUUUUUUGCAGGAAAGUGGCAUAGAAAUUGUCCCUCCAUAUAUGAUUGGCUCCAAAGAGGUUGUCAAAGAAAGGGAGAAGGCACGCUGGGUAAAAAAACGAAACCUACCAGAAGUAACGCCUUCAUGGCAUAAUUACAUGACAAAGAAAGUUGUCCAGGAUUUUCAAGCUAGUGUAUUGCAAGUGUCGGAAACUCCAUAUGAUGAGAAAACUGUAUCUUCUAUACCGGCUGUUCACUAUGAGUUCCCAGAUGGGUACCAUCAGGAUUUUGGUGGAGAAAGAUUUCGCAUCCCAGAAGCAUUGUUUGAUCCAAGUGUGGUACAAACUAGGGGUGGCUUGGUUGGCCACACCAUGUUAGGAGUUGCCCACAUUGUUACGACAAGCAUGGGAAUGUGUGAUGUCGAUGUAAGGCCUGCAUUAUAUGGAAGCGUGGUUGUAACUGGUGGAAAUUCGCUUCUGCAGGGUUUCUCAGAAAGACUGAACCGUGAUCUUUCACUUCGCAUUCCUUCUAGCAUGCGCCUAAAAAUGAUCACAGCAAGUGGUACUGCUGAACGGCGUUUUGGAGCUUGGAUUGGAGGCUCAAUUCUUGCUUCUAUUGGUACAUUCCAGCAGAUGUGGAUGUCAGCACAGGAAUAUGAAGAAGGUGGCAAAGGGCAGGUGGAACGGAAAUGCCCGUAGACUUUUUCACUGUAGCUUAUAUUGUAUAACAUGAGGAGUACAAAUAAUUUACAAGUGUGCCUGCAUUCUUGUAUGUGAAAACAUUUCAUUUCAUAUAUGCUUGUCUUUGUACGUGCUUAAAACCUUUAUGUUACUCACUGAACGAGAUUUGAUAAUUUCCAAGUAUUAAAAUCUUAAAUCAGUUAAACUGUGCGGCAUUGGAAUCCCACUGGAUAUACUGUAUAACAACUUUUACAUAUUAUCUCCCAAAUGAUGUAGUGGGAUAACUUUAUGAUUUCAGGUUAGCGACUAUUGGUAAUGCAAUGGAUCACUUUCUGUUAAAUACAUGAUAGUAUGUUGAACAGAUAAUGGGCGGCCACCUAAUCCAUGAAAUGCAGACGAAACAGAAUAUUUUGAGAUAGUUUACGUGUGAUACUUUAUCAUUGCAGUGAGAUCUAAAAUGCUUUAUUAUGAUGAAAUAAUUUAAUAUCUGGCUCCUUAUUAGAUGCGCGAAUGUACUUUGUGAAGCUUGCCAUCAGACAUGUAGUUUCACUCACAUGUUGCCAGUUUUGGCAUCAUUGUUCUUAAGUGUAUUACUAAAGUGUCCCAAAGUGGUUUUCUGAGAUGUUUCCCAUAUUGCAUAACACAAUUUUCAAAGUUAGCAGUAAUUUUUAAGCAUAUUUAUUCCAGUCUUCUGGCUAGCAAUUGGAUCCAUUGUGGUUGAGCUAAUAAAUUUGUUAGUACCACCCCUUUUAAUGACGCUGCUCAUAUUUCUUAUUGUUCCUUAUGGUGGUCAUUUCUUCAACAUUGUACUUAUUUUUUGUAAUCUCAUUUGUUAUUCCUUGUUUAUUUCAGCACACGUCCUCCACCUGAUACAAAAAUUACACAAUAUCACUUGUUACUUUUAUGACAAGGAUUGUUAUCCUGCUAGCAUUCUUGCCCCCUUAACAUUUUAGUUACUACCACCACUGUUUUUCUGUGUGUUCACAACAUUCUAGUACUAUAAUUAUCUUAGGAAAUACAUAUAGAUAUGUAUUGAAGAUUUUGACCAUGUUCCCAUUGUAAAUACAAACACACGUAUAACUCACCUUAUUAUUGACUUCCUACCUGACCUUGUUUUUUCUUUGUUUCCUUCAUGCUAUCAUCAGCUGUUAGAUUUAUACCUGGUUUUCAUUGAAAUCUAACAAAAUUUACCCCUAAAAAUAUUUUUGCAACACUGUUGGCAUGCUGUGAGUUAAUCAGCUCAUAAACCAUGGACAAAAAGAAACAUUUGCUAGGAAAUAGAGAAGAAGAUUAAAUUCUGAGUUGUUAAACAUUCCAUUUUAUACCAGUAGCAUUUCUAUAUCUCUGCCCCUCUCUGUAUGUUCGUCUCCGCUCUGUUAGUUUUAGGUAACUUGAAUAGUGAGUGCCUUUAUUAGUUUUGCAUAUUAUUUUCUCAUAAGUAUAAGAAUGACAUUGUUACAAUGUUAUCAUGAUGAUUGGGAGAUUUGAAGCCUUUUUACAUGGUUGAUGCAAUACACAGCCAUGUAAUAGAAUUUCUUUUAUGUGAACCAGACCAAACAAAGUAGUCACAAGUCCAGUUAUUGGAAUCAGUUGUUUGACCAAGUGCUACAUCAUUUCCAUCCCAUCCACCUGUAACUUUCUUGUUGUAAAUGUCGUGAUACAAAAACACUUGUAAUAACAAAAAGAACUUUGCAUUAAUCAUUUCAGUGUUUAGCAAAAAUCAAACAGUGGAAACCCCAGGUUGGAAUAUCAACAGUAUUAGGAAAAGGAUAGAUUGCUACUCACUAUAAAAAUGACCCGUUGAGUUGCAGACAGGCACCAUGAAAAGACUGUUACACAUC